GUCUUCGGAUCAAUUGUAUUGGGCGAACAGUACAAUGCAGGCCAACAACUACACCACCGACGCCUACAUGUCGGACAUCAUAAACCAGUAUCAACUGAGCGGACCAAUCAUGAGAGCGCAGACACCGCACGACGUGUCCGCCACUGGGGGUCCGACCGGCGGGUACUCGCCCUACAAGACAUCGCUGGCCAACGCCCGCCACGACAGGGAACAGGUGACCGACUAUUUCGCGUUCGCCGCCGAAGACAACCGCAAGUUAAACCGGCAACAGAUGAACGCGUCGGUGGAUCCGUUUGGUAGCCGCCAAUCGCCGGCCCGACCCGCCCGGCCAUCGACCGCAAUAGCGAACACCAAUUACGCCAUCAAUCGUAUCGCGAGUAACGCUGUGCUGACCAGCGACUCGUUCCCGACUGACGGUCGCAAUCGGGCGGCGCAACAGUGGGUACAGCCGAGGCGUCGGCCACGACGGGCGGCGCCGUACCGGCACUUCCCGGACACGGAUGAGUCUCGUCAGGCGCCGUACGCGACACCACAAUCGCCGAGACGACGGCCCGCGCCGUACGUAGGGAUGACCGCUCAGAACCGGAUCGUAAAACCUGAAUAUAAGGCCACAGUCAUUGAUUACAGCGGUAAUGGGGCGUCAAAUGGUAACGCUUACGGCACCGGUAGGCCAGCGACGCGCGCUCAACCCUAUCAACAGUUUGAUUCAAUGGAUCCGCAAAAGUCGACGGUUCGCCAGAGUAUCGCCGAACUUCAGUCGGCGAUCGCACGGCUGUCACAGCGAGCGCAGGCCAUACCGGGGCCGUCGGCGGCCACUUUCCCGUCGCGGCCUAUACUUAAGAACACUGGACCCACUGCCGGCCCCUCUCACCCGCCGAGUAUCAGGCAAAACAUCGCCGCCGCCACUAAUUAUCUUAUGUCCCGUAACGUAGAUCAGGCCACUCGGGCGACAGCCAAUCGGUUGCUAACGGCCGCCAAACUCAGGAAUAUGGCCGCCCGGACACUGCCAUCGGUGCCCUAUCCUAACCACCGGUUGACCACUAGACCGGCCCGACCUGUGCUGAAGCGUAACGAAAACAUAAUGCGAAGAGACCUGAUGUGGAAGAAUGAGUUCGACAAACGGUCUGUACCCGUAAGUCCGCGUUUGUUAUCCAAAUACGAGUUUCACGCCAUUGAAGUGAACCCCAGAGGCUAUUACUGUCACCACUGCGGUGAACAUUUGGCAACGGUUUUCGCUGUUGGCCAACACUGCACUUUCAAUCAUAUCCACCAUUUGAAAGUGUCAUCAGAUCCGCUACUCUAUCGGCGCAUUAAUCUGGACAAUGAGUUACCGAUGAAACAGUCGCGACCGCCCGCAGGACAGGCGCCGAAGUUUACGGCUCAAGGGCUGCGAAUAGUGCCGAAGAGAUCGCCUAAAGCCUUACGACAGGCGCCAAAGACAGAUCCGCUUACGUUUACGGUCACUGAUAACUACGAUUCGGCCGAACCGAUCGCCGGCCUUCACUAUAUCAACGAAUAUACCGGCGCUACGGGUGCUAAGUAUGAGUGCCAACUCUGCCGCGUCUUUGUUCACGAUAUGUAUCAACACGUUAUCACUUUUAAACACCGAAUCCAACUAUUGAAAGCGGUCAAUCCGACUGAGACUAAUCUGGACUCCAUUCGUGAGAUACCGCUGUCGGUGCGGGAGAUCAGGAAACGGGUGACCGAAUUGCAGAGACAACGGGGCACCGGAUGUGCCAAUAAGAUCAACGGUCAGCCAUCGGCCCACCAAUUGAUGCGACCGCCGUUGACGCCCAUAAAUAGGCCACAAAACUUUACCAAACGGCCCGCAGACCUAAUUCAAGCGGCCCACAGACAAGCGAUGGUCAGACAAAUAAUGGCCCGACAAGCGAUGGCCCGGCAAUCGAUGGUUAGGCAAAUUAGGGGCAGACAGGCGACGGACAGACAGACGACGGGCAGACAAUCGUCUGUGGAAGUGAUCGAUAUUGUCGAUGACGAUGACGUUAGCCCAUUCUUCGUACGCGACGGUGCGUGCGAUCUGAGCCGCAAGUGUUCACUAACGGUGUCCACUGAGAUGGACGCCGCUGUGGCCGACAUUGUGGUCAAACGGCUCCAGAAGUCGAUUGUCAACUACUAUAUGAAUAAAAUACCCCAAAAUAUGCGAAACGUUUUGAUGGAUCGCGUGGUGAACGGAUAUUAUAAAUCAAACAAUAUUUCACUUCUCAUCGCAGGCGUAUACUGGUCUGGGCGCACUCACGGUAUCACAAUCGGCUGGGCGUACACUUCACCGUUGGACAGGUACCCUGAUCUUGGUCGCGGUCACGCCCGUAUCGGUGACUACCCGGCCAUUAAUUUGCCCACUUGUGGCUACGUUAACAGCAGCGGCCAUUCGGCCCACAGCCGCAUCGUUGACGGCCAGAGGGCCGACCCGGGAGAGUACCCAUUCGUGGCCAGUAUUCACGAUAUCUCUACUCCAUAUCAGAGCUACCGGUGCGGCGCCGCUAUCAUCAACUCCUAUUGGCUGAUAACCGCCGCUCAUUGUUUUGUGCAAUUAAACUUAACCACUCAAAGAGUGUACGUGGGUUCGGUCAAACAGUAUGACUAUUUGGUCAGACACAUGGUCAACGAGAUUCGCAUAUUUAAUAUUCUGGACGUAGCGCUCGUCAAAGUGACCAAACCUAUUGAAGUGGUCACCGAUGGCCAGUCGUACGCCGUUAACAGUGUGUGUCUGCCCGAGCGCUCAAUAGCCAAUUUGGUCACCGAAGACGCCUUGUUUGCCGGUUUCGGCUUUACGGACGUCGACGCUAUGAAUCGGUCGUAUUUCUUAAGACAGACCCGACUGUCCAUCGAGUCGGAGGUCGAGUGUUAUCAGCGCUUCCACAGGAGGUUUGACGAGAUUUGCGCCGUCGAGACUCAGCACAUGUUGUGUUCUGGUGACUCGGGUUCACCGCUGGUCCAGUUUGAUGGCCAGCGAGCGGUAAUCAUAGGUGUGCUUACGUGGACCCAACGAGUGAACACAUCCCACAAUUGCGGACCCGGUGUCAUGUACUUCACCCGCGUGUCAAUGAUUAUGGAUUGGAUUGAGAAACAGAUAUCGCCCACAAACACAACAACUUCUGUACCCGAUAUGACUACAACUAAUAUUACAAAUACCACAUCACAGCCUAAUCCGCAUAUAAUCACCGCCGUCGCCCCCGCCCUUCCCUUUCCAACCGCAAUGGUUUUAGUCGUUACUUUAAUACUGAUUAUAUUUAUGUAA